CAGGCCCUAAUGAGCGAAGACUAGAAGAAGAAGCGAAGAGAGAGAGAGAGAGAGAGAAGAGAUCAAGACACACAGCUACAGAGUUGGCAAAGACUCGAAGCGAAGAGAGAGAGGGAGAGAGAGAGAGAGAGAGUCGGCAUUAAUGGCGGAAGGGAUAAAACACAGCGAAGAGAGCGUGAAGUUGUUCGUAGGUCAAGUUCCGAAGCAAAUGACCGAAGAGCAACUUCUCGCAAUGUUCAAAGAGUUCGCUCUAGUAGACGAAGUCAACAUCAUCAAAGACAAGACUACGCGAGCUUCACGAGGGUGUUGUUUCGUUAAAUGUCCGUCGAGGGAAGAAGCCGACAAAGCGGUGAAUGCGUAUCACAAUAAGAGAACUCUUCCUGGGGUUAGUGUUGUUCUGAUCUCUAUCCAUUGGUGUUAAUGUAGUUUUUGAAUGCAUUAAUUGAAUAACUUUGAAGAAUUUGUCUAAUGUUUGUGGACAUUAUGUCUUAUAGUGUAAUUUACUGAUUUGGACAAUUACUGAUUUCUCAUAGUUUGCAAUUUUCGGCUACAGAAAUAGCUUGUGUGCCAUAACUAAGGACUUCUUCCAUGAACUUAUUAUUUCUUGCUUAAGUGUGUUGCUGA